AUGUUUACCUUCACCCUGCUUCUUCACCACAUACAGCUUUUCCGUUUGCAAUUCCGCCAUCCCACCACUCACGAAAUGAUUCCACGCACGUUACUGCUUCGCCAACUGGAGCACAUUGUGAACGCCGUGCGUGAUGUUAAUUCCACUGCGCCUCCUGUCGGCUUGUUUACAGGCCUACCGCGAGAUGCUUGGGGCCAACUCAACACCUUGCUGCGACAAAAUUCCGUCAACUCAGAAAUUUUUGCUGAUCUGGAGCAUAGUCUCUUCAUUCUCUGUUUGGACGACAUGGCUCACUUGCCCACUAGUCAGCCUACGAGUGGCCCGAUCACAUUGGACCCACGUGAAACUGCCAGUGCAGCAAAUUUACUCCACGGCAAUUUGACUAACUCAGGGAAUCGAUGGUUCGACAAGACUCUACAAUUCAUCAUAUCCCGCGAUGGUUCGAUGGGCGUUAAUUUCGAACAUACACCUUCGGAUGCGGGAGCUUUCGUUCCAAUAACUUCUGAUGUAUAUACUGCCUUCGAUGAUCUGGUCACAGACGCGUCCGGUUCUUUGCCACAUUUCGCGUUUCCCAAAGAAUUAGACUGGAUUCCCUUUCCGAACAUGACAGAAGAGAUUGCAGUUGCAUAUGAUUCGUUGAAGCAAUUGAUUGCUUCUGUUCAAAUUGAAUAUGGCAUGUUUCGCCAGUUCGGUUCCUCCGGCCUUAAACCCUUCAAAGUUAGUCCAGAUGCCUUCGUACAGGUUGCUUUGCAAUUGACCUACGCUCGUCUCCAUCCCGAUUUACCCCCACCACCCACGUACGAGAGCGGCUCCUUGCGUAGAUUCCAUCUCGGUCGCACCGACACUAUUCGAUCGUGCAGCCAAGCGACUGUUCAGUUCACGCAAAGUAUGCGAGAUAACCACUCUAAGCUACAGGAACGCGCGGAAUUGCUGCGAGUGGCAUUGCAGCGUCAUCAGGAUUUCACUCGAAAUUUGAUAGCCGGCCAUGCGUUUGACCGGCACCUAUUCGGUCUUCGUCAGAUCUCGAUCACUUCGCAGAUAUCUGGCGAAGAUACCCAAGAAAUUACGAAUUUCUUCACAGACCCUACAUACACUUCAUCAUUGUGCUACCGGUUAUCUACAAGUCAGGUUCGAGCCCCCAACGACGUGUCUGUUCUCUUUGGACCUGUCGAUUCAAACGGCUACGGCGUUUGUUACAAUAUUCAUCGGGAUGCAAUUCAGAUUAGUGCGAGCGCUUUCCGCUCGUCCAACCAGACUACGCAUCCGUCCGAAUUUCUGACCCAUUUUGCACACGCGCUGUCCGACAUGUAUGGUUUACUGAAGGCACAUACUGUGUGA